AUGUUUAUUGCGCGAUCAGAAUACGACCGCGGUAUCAACACCUUCUCCCCCGAAGGUCGUUUGUUCCAGGUCGAAUACUCCUUAGAAGCUAUCAAACUUGGUUCGACCGCCAUCGGAGUAGCAACAUCAGAAGGCGUCGUCCUGGGCGUCGAAAAACGAGUAACCUCCUCCCUCCUCGAAACCUCCUCCGUCGAGAAAAUCGUUGAAAUCGACCAACACAUCGGCUGCGCCAUGUCCGGUCUCCAAGCCGACGCCCGCUCAAUGAUUGAACAUGCCCGCGUCGAAUGCCAAAACCAUGCGUUCCAUUUUGCGGAAUCGCUCCGCGUCGAGAGUUGUACACAGGCUAUUUGCGAUUUGGCGCUGAGGUUUGGUGAAGGUGCGGAUGGGGAGGAGAGUGUUAUGAGUCGCCCGUUUGGGGUUGCGUUGCUGAUUGCUGGUUAUGAUGAGGAUGGCCCACAGCUGUUCGUCUUUGUGUCUUCUGCUGUUGAGAUGAAUGCUGAUCAAGGUAGAUAUCACGCCGAACCGUCGGGAACGUUUUACCGAUACGACGCCAAAGCUAUCGGCUCCGGAAGCGAAGGUGCCCAGGCUGAAUUGCAGAAUGAGUAUCACCGAUCAUUGACCCUUGCCGAGGCCGAGACGCUUGUGCUCAAGACGUUGAAACAGGUGAUGGAGGAGAAACUAGACGCCAAGAACGUGCAGUUGGCUAGUGUGACGAAAGAGAAAGGGUUCCGGAUCUAUGAUGAGGAGGAGAUGGGUCGGGCUGUUGGGCAAUUGGGUGGAAAUUAG